GGAUAAGCCGACUCUCGUCGGCUGCUCUUCACAAUCAUUCAUGUCUCAGACUUUGCGAAGAGAUGACCGGCGUCAAGAUUAACCAUUUUCGUAUACAUAAAAUUCUUCUGCUCGCUCUAGGCGUGUGGCCCUUACAACAAUCAAAUCUCACUCGAUUUCAAUUUAUUUUCCUGUCUAGUAUUUUAACGACACAAGUGAUAUUUCAAAUGAAGGACUUAUUGGAACGAUUAUUGCAUGUGUGUAAUGAAUUGAAAGACGAAAAUGAAAUUGCUAUUAUAAACAAAUAUGGAUGUUAUGGCGUACGUUAUACUAUGUUACUUACCGUAUUUGCCAUUUGUAGCAUAUUUCUUGGCAUUUUUGCGUCACUUUGGUCGGAUAUUUUAAAUAUUAUUUCAUCGAUAAACGAGUCAAGAUCGCAUCAUUUGAUAAUCAUGACGGAGUAUUUUAUCGAUCAACAAAAAUAUUUUUAUUUUAUACUCUUGCAUACUAUUGCAGCGUUUAUUAUUGGGGUGACUGCAAUGGUAGCAAUAGGAACAAUGUUCAUUACGUAUCUUCAACUUGUUUGUGGAAUGUUUAAAAUUGCCAGCUAUCGUAUCGAACGAGCAAUGAGCAACAACAUUCUACAAAAUAUUAAUCAGUUGAAAUACAUUUUCAUAUACAAGGGUUUAAUUUGCGCUGUGAACAUUCAUCGACAAGCUAUGAACUUAUCCACAGUCUUCAUGUUUAAUAUUGAGACAAUGAUGUUAUGUUUAAUAAUAUUUGGAGUUUUAUCGGUGAGCUUCAAUCUGUUUCGAGUAAAUUUGUCUGAACUUUUUCAGAUUAUGUCAUUCAAAGAAAAUGUUGAGGAAUUAUUACUGCUUUUAUUCGCAUUUGUCUAUAUCUUGUAUAUGUUUCUAGCAAAUUAUCUCGGUCAAAUCGUAACAAAUUACAAUGAGCAUAUAUUUAUUACCGUAUAUAACGUUAAAUGGUACAGAGCUCCAUUAAGUAUACAAAGAAUGAUACUGUUUCUGAUGCAAAGAAAUGUCAAAAAUUUUACUUUGAACGUCAGAGGACUUUUUUCCGCAUCUAUAGAGUGUUUUGCGACGUUACUAAAGACUUCAGUAUCUUAUUUUACAGUUAUAUAUUCUACACAGUGA